AUGCUCACCCGCUCACUCACCAUCCGACUCAUUACAACCAAACACCUCCCGAUCACCGAGUCACUCCGCUACCCCUUCUCGACCCUCCACCCCACCUCGCGCGGCAAAAUGUCCUGGAUGGACUCCUGGUCCCGGCCGUCCAAAUCCCAAGCGACGCCCGCGCCCUUCUACCUCCUCCCGAACGGCGACCAGACGCCCUACUGCCGCACCUGCGGCCGCGUCAUCUCCUCCCGCAAGUCCACCUCCUCGAAGCCCGCCAACUCGGAGCCGCCAAAGUACUGCUCCGCGCGCUGCCGGGGCCAGAAGCCGGGCCGUCUCGACCGCGAUAUCGAGGCGGCCUUUGUGCGCUUCCUGCAGGCCGACGAGCCCCUCGACACCGCCAGUGUGAAGAAAGUCAAGGGUGACACGCGGGUGCUUGUGCCCUGCGACGUGGUCGAGGCGAGGGUGUUUGGGGAGCGGAAGGAUCCUGAGAAGGUGUUUGGGAGGAGGAAGAACCGCGCCUCGAGGGUGAUUCCGGAGAAGGCGGAGGACGAAGGGGUGGAUGUGGGCCAUGAGAAGGAGGAGGAGGACCCCGGGGAGGAGAUCAUUGACGAGAUGCUGGGGCGGACGCGGUCGAGCGAGCUUGAUGUUGACCCGAGCGUGAUGGCGAGCCUUUCGGUGCGCAGCGGGACGAGGGUGCGGCCGCCGCAGGAGAAGUCGCAGGUGAACGGCAGCGUGGGCGGGGAGAAGGGCAAGGCGGAGCGGAUCGAGGAGACGGACGAGAUGCGGGAGAAGAGGAACGAGGGGCAGAAGAAGGCUCACGAGCGGGAGCUGGUGAGGUGCGCGGCGCGGCGGGGGGUUGUGUUUGGGUUCCUUGUCGGCGAGGAGAGGAGGAAGUGUGAGGCUGUCAUGCAGGGCAAAGUCGUCGAGCCGAGCUUCGCAAAGGGGGAUUGGGCUGUCCGCUGGCGGGAGGAUUGA